AUGGGCUUUCGCGGAGGUAAAUUUACUUGGAAGCGAGGAAGAAUGGAGCGAACUUUCUUGGCGAAACGUUUGGAUAGAUUAUUAUGCUGUGCACAAACGAGAUUGACUUGGCAGGAAGCUACUGUAACGCAUCUCUCUUUCUUGUCAUCUGAUCAUGCCCCACUGUAUGUGCAGUUGUCACCAGUGUCAGCUAGUGACCCGAAAAGACGUCCUUUCCGCUUUAAGGCGGCAUGGCUACAGCAUCCGAACUUCAAGGAGCUUGUUUCUACCUCGUGGAAAGGUAAUCAUGGUACUAAUGCAGCGUUGGUAGAAUUGCGGAAAGUACUUAUCAGAUUGAACAAGGAGGUCUUCGGAGAUGUAGUGAGACGUAAGGAGUAUCUCUUGUGGGAAAUUAAUGAGGUACAAGAUGCGUUGGAGAGAGGGCCAUCAGAUACGUUACUGGCAAGGGAAGAUGUGUUGAUUAAAGAGCUUGAUGUGGUUCUGGAGCAGGAGGAGAUGCUAUGGUUUCAGAAGUCACGAGAAAAGUGGAUACCUUUGGGAGAUCGGAACACUCGCUUCUUUCAUACGUCUACGGUAAUCCGGCGGCACAAGAACAUAAUUGAUAUGCUCAAGAAGGAAGACGGGAACUGGACCGCUGAUGCGCAGGAAAUGGAGUCACUUGCAAUAUCUUACUUCAAACUACUCUAUUCCAUGGAAGAUGUUGAGGCAGUAGUUGACAAAUUACCGGCUAAUGGCUUCGCACAACUGUUCCGGGAGGAGAAGAAUCACUUACACAGGGGGUUCUCGGCGUUGGAGGUGGAGUCAGCCGUUCGUAGCAUGGGGAGAUAUAAAGCCCCGGGGCCGGAUGGGUUUCAACCGGUAUUUUACCAAAGCUGUUGGGACACGGUGGGCUCUUCAGUCACCAGAUUUGUAUUGGAUUUCUUCGCUACAUGGGAUUUACCUCCAGGUACCAAUGAUGUUCUACUGGUGCUGAUUGCGAAGGUGAGCAAGCCGGAGAGUAUUACACAGUUCCGCCCUAUCAGCCUAUGUAAUGUAAUCUUCAAAACUAUAACGAAGACAUUGGUGGAAAGGCUUAAGGCAGUAGUAUCUAAACUCAUAGGCCCGGCGCAGGCGAGCAUCAUACCCGGCCGUUUGAGUACUGAUAAUAUUGUUCUGGUUCAGGAAGCAGUCCAUUCAGUGCGACGCAAGAAAGGGCGUGGAGGGUGGAUGCUUUUAAAACUCGACUUGGAAAAAGCUUAUGAUCGGAUCCGGUGGGAUAUUUUAGAAGAUACACUCAAUGCGGUGGGGUUUAAUGAUACUUGGAUUCAAUGGAUUAUGCGCUGUGUGUCGGGGCCAGUUAUGAAUUUGCUUUGGAACGGAGAGAAAACUGAAGCUUUCACACCAUUGAGAGGAUUGAGGCAAGGUGAUCCGAUCUCUCCAUAUCUGUUUGUUUUGUGUAUGGAAAGACUUUGCCACAUGAUAGAGAGCGCGUCAAGGCAGAAAGUAAGCCUAGAAAAGUCAACGAUAUUCUUCUCCGGCAACGUUUCUUGGGAGUUGGAGCAAAGCAUCAGUAAAGCGUCUGGCAUCCGAUCAUCGCAUGACUUGGAAAAAUAUUUAGGAAUGCAUGUGUUGCACAAGCGCUUGAACAAGAACACGUUUGGAGAAGUGUUGGAGAGAGUUUCUGCGAAGCUGGCUGGCUGGAAGAGUUGUACACUGAGCAUGGCGGGAAGAUUAACUCUCACAAAGUCAGUAUUGUCUUCAGUACCGGUUCACUCAAUGAGCUUUAUACUCUUGCCUAAGUCUACAUUGGCGAGUCUAGAUAAGAUCUCGAGAUCAUUCUUGUGGGGAAGCACCGCGGAGAAGAAGAAACAGCACUUGGUUUCGUGGAAGAAGGUCUAUCUUCCAAAGGCAGAGGGAGGGCUUGGCAUCCAGACCUCAAAAGAUAUGAACCUAGCAAUGAUAGCAAAGGUGGGAUGGAGACUACUCCAGGAGGAAGAAUCCCUCUGGGCGAGGGUUAUGUGGAAAAAAUAUCGGGUUGGAGAUAUUCACGAUCCGAGUUGGCUACUUCCUAAGAGCUCUUGGUCAGUCUUAUGGAAAGGUGUAGUGAGAGGAUUGAAGGAGGUCGUAUGGCCAGGGCAUUAUUGGGUUGCUGGUGAUGGUGAGAACAUUAAAUUCUGGACAGACAAUUGGAUUUCGGAGGAGCCUCUGGUGAACUCGGCGACAGGAAACCUCCCAGUGGAGGCUCGCUCUUGGCUCGUGAAAGACGUUUGGAGAGAUGGUGUGGGUUGGGAUAUCCCCAAACUUAGCCUGUAUCUGCCAUAUCACGUUGUUUUGGAGCUGAUGGCAGUAGUCCUCGACCAUGUCACAGGAGCUCGAGACAGACUAGCUUGGAAGGGGAGCUCUAAUGGAUAA